CAAACGGCGCCCAGCUUGGCCGCAGUCAGCUUGUGCGGAAGAACAACACUGGAGAAAAAUUCAACAACUGCGGGUUAAGUUCCAGCACUUGUUCAGUUGCCUAACACUGACAGUAUCAUGGAGGAGGAAGGGGCCCCUGCAGACGGCGAGGUGGAGACCCCCUAUGCCGCAGAGACCUACGCAGCGGAGGCCAUGGCUGCAGACAUGGACCCCUGGAUUGUGUUUGACUCGAGAAGAACUCCCAGAUCCGAGUUUGACAGCUGGCUGGAGAGCAACGGGCCCUCGCAGGUGUACAGAUUUGGUGAUGAGGAGGGGGGUGUGAGCCCUGUGGGGUGGAUCGCUGUGCUGGGCCUGAACCACUGCCCCAGCAGCGGGGAUGUUACAGGUCUCCAGGAGAGCUGGGAGAAACUUUUGGCCAGUGGGCGGCCUGUCAGCUUCCAGACGGUGAAGGAGCUGGCUCUGAACCACGGAGUACUCACGGGCAAAUGGCUCAUGCACUUGGACACUGGUUUCAAGUUGGACCAUGCCUGGGAGUGUGUGGCCAGAGCCGCCCUGGAUGGAAAAAUCUCCCUUGUUAAAGUCAGUCCACAUGACCCCAAAGGAGAGGGCAAGCAGGUGAUAUGUGCCUAUAACCAGAACUUCACAGAUGAGACAGAGGUUAUAAAGCUGGACUCCAUCAUCCGCGCCACAGGGGUCAAAUGCCCUCUCACCUACAAGCCAGACGUGUACACAUACCUGGGGAUCUACCGAAACAACCGCUGGAAACUUUGUCCAACCAUAUACGAGAGCAAAUUUGACCUGGAGUGUGUGCCCCGGCGCUCCCACAUUAUCAACAAAGUCACCAAUCUUGAAGUGACAUAAUGGAACAAGAGGAAAGUUUUGCAGAACGGGUAGAUGAAGAGGCGCUCAGUGAUUCCAUGAUCUGAGUGGUGCAGAAAGACUCACUGAUUAAAAGGGGUUUGAAAGACAGAUGGAUUUUGAUCUCAAGUUCUUCCUUUUGGCAAAAAAAAAAGCACUAAAUCUCAUUUCGGUCUCAUCGUCAUGCUUCAAUGUUUCCGAGGUGACCUGAUUUGUUGUCACUUCCUUUCUUUUUUUAAGCGAUCCUAAUGUGUUCAUAAGAGUAUUUGUAUUCUUGAUGUUUUGUUUGUAAUACAUUAACACUUACCUGAUGGACAGGGUGAGUGAAGAAGUCCUUGAUUUGUAUGCACAGAGGACAAUUAGCAUCCAAUGAAGAUUUUCUGUACAAUACACAUUUGUUUGGCUUUAUUUUUUUCGUUUGUACCGAACCACGAUAAGAGUUGCCAAAUAAACGUCUACUUUUGAAGACCAUCUUAA